GUUUGCGUUGGGAGUCUAGACAGGGGGCGGAGUUUACGGUAUAAAACCGAGCGGCAAUAACAGAGACGCACAAAAUCUGAGUUGUAGAUGAAUCAUGGAGAGCCCAAGGAGCGGUUCUAACCAAGUGCCGACUAAUAACGACAGGAUGUGUGAGCUUAACAAACCGAUUGAGCAGCGGCGGAAGAAAGAAGAGCAGAGUGCCAACACUACGGAGUUCUCACGCGUCAUCACGGAUCCGGUCACUGGGAAAUGUUACUGUCGCGGAAAAGUACUUGGAAAGGGAGGGUUUGCUAAAUGCUACGAGUUGACUGAUCUGUCAGCUGGAAAGGUCUUUGCGGCCAAAAUCAUCCCGCACACGCGCGUCGCCAAACCGCACCAGCGCGAGAAGAUUAACAGGGAGAUCGAGUUGCACAGAGGACUGAACCACAAACACAUCGUUCAUUUCUAUCACCAUUUUGAGGAUAAAGAUAACAUCUACAUCUUACUGGAGUACUGCAGCAGAAGAUCAUUGGCACACAUCCUGAAGGCACGCAAAGUGCUAACAGAGCCAGAGGUGAGGUACUACCUCAAGCAGACGGUGUCUGCUCUGAAAUACCUGCACGAUCAAGAGAUCCUACACCGUGACCUCAAACUUGGGAACUUAUUUGUGAGUGACUCCAUGGAGCUGAAGGUUGGAGAUUUCGGACUGGCUGCUAAAUUGGAGCCAGUGAGCAACAGGCGCAAGACCAUCUGUGGCACACCGAAUUACCUUUCUCCAGAAGUGUUGAAUAAACAGGGCCAUGGCUGGGAGUCAGAUGUCUGGGCCCUUGGCUGUGUUAUGUACACUUUGCUCCAGGGCAAACCUCCAUUUGAGACCAAUAAUCUAAAGGAGACGUAUCGCUGUAUUAAAGAGGCUCGCUACUCUUUGCCUUCCUCCCUGUCGCUCCCAGCCAGGCAGCUUAUUGCCAGCAUGCUCUCCCGUGACCCAGCGGAUCGCCCGAAGCUCGAUGAAAUUGCACAGCAUGAGUUUCUCUCACAGGGCUUUAUGCCAGAGACUCUGCCUUCCAGCUGUUGUUUCUCUGCUCCAGACUUCCACAUCUCCAGCCCUGCCAAGAGCUUUUUUAGGAAAGCUGCUGCUGCCCUGUUUGGUGGGAAAAGAGACAAAGCCAAAUACUAUGAAAAUCUCAAUAAGACAGCCAAAGAAGAAGACGACAUCUACAAACUCUGCCACGACCUCAAGACAACCUCUAUUAAUAAGCAACCUGCAACGCCAACCGCAGAGGAAAGAGGGACUCCGUCACUACCGGCUGGAAAGCCUGUUUCCCAGGCAACAGUCACACAGCCUGAAGCCCGAGACACAAUCCUCAUGAUCGUCAGAGGCAGCCUCGGGAGCUACAGCAGCAGCAGUGAAUGCCUGGAGGACAGUACAACAUGCUCUGUGGCAGAAGCCAUUGCCAGUGUUUUACGAGGCUGCCUCGAACACAUGCCCACAGCUGAGAAAUUACCAAAGGCUAGCGGAUGCAGCAGCAUGCAGUGGGUAACAAAGUGGGUGGAUUAUUCCAACAAAUACGGCUUUGGUUAUCAGCUAGCCAACAACACUGUGGGCGUCCUCUUCAACAGCGGAACACACAUGAGUCUCCUAGCUGACAAAACGACUGUAUUGCAGCAUGCUGAGAUGGGUCAAUGUGCUGUCAUGUACACAACUGAUGUUCCUGAAAACUGUGUGGGCCAGGUCACUAUCCUCAAGUACUUUGCCCACUACAUGGAAGAAAACCUGAUGGAUGGAGGUGAUAUGGUGAUUGACACUGAUGCUGAAAAGCCCAGACUCUAUCUGCUGCAAUGGCUGAAGUCAGACCGGGCUCUGAUGAUGCUCUUCAAUGACGGCACAUUCCAGGUAAACUUCUACCACGACCACACCAAACUUAUCCUGUGCACCCAGCAGGACGACUACCUCUUGACGUACAUCAACGAGGAGCGAACAUCCGCCACUUUUAAACUGAGUGCUCUCCUGAGUGCAGGCUGCACCUCAGAGCUGCGCAGUCGUAUGGAUUACGCGCUCAACAUGCUUCAGCAGAGAUGUAAAAAAGCACCAUGAGACUCCGUGUGUCUCACUCCGUGCAUGUGCGUGCAUGCGUGUGUGCGCGUGCGUAUGUGCAAGCACGAAAAAUCUGUGAACUGAACCUUGGCUAAAGCACAGAGGCAAACUGGAACUGUUAAUUAGUGUGGAAGUGGUAAUUAAUGCUGAAAGACUGUUAGAGAAAGUUUGAUUGGAUAGAUUAGGUGCUGUGAAAAGAAGAUAGUGGAUGUUGUAAGGGAAGGAGAAAUGAAUGUAGCAUUAUGUUUUAAGAAAAUGAGGAAAAUUGAGACUGGGCUGGAACCAGGGAAAAAAGGACGAUGAAAACUUUUAGAUAGAUUUAGAGAAACUCAGAGAUGAAAGCUGGAUUUAAAGCAAAAAAAGGUCUGUUGAUGAGACUUUUUUUUUUUUUUGCAUGUCAGUGUGUGUAUGUGUGAGACCAAUUCAUUUGUUAGAUAUUAGCAAAUAU